UACCAGCGAAUGCAUUAAUUUAAAAAUGCAGUUAAAAAAAUUAGAAGAAAAAAUCGUAAAACAAAAUCAGGCAAUUAUGGACGUCUUGGCAUCACAUUCACUAUUGCUAAAUAAAAUCUAUAAAAAUGAAACGAUGCCCACCGAAGUGUCAACUGUUUUCCCGAUAAAAACGGUGGAAGAAUUAGAGAAACUGAAUAACGGUAUAUCUGAGGAGGAUAUUCCUUUUUAUGUUGCAACUGUUAAAAUGAAGAUAAAAGCUGGCGGUUUAAUUAAAAAUUUCAGCAAACUGAUUUCCGAAGACAUUUGUCUGAAGUACAAUUAUAAUGGAACACAAGGCAAAUUGCCAUUUUGCCAGUAUUUAAAAAUUAACGGCAUUUUUGAAGGGGCAGUUGGUGAUGAAAAUUAUACUUCACUGAUCAAACAACGGACGGGGCGGAGAGGGGUGAAAUUGAAAACACAGAUACCAGUUUACGAGGAAUAGAGCUGAUUAAAAUUUGAGCUCAAUCGGUUCACUAGUUCCCG